AUGCUGAACCUUGCGGCUCUGCUGUGGCGCCGGCUCCUGCGCAAGCGCUGGGUGCUCGCCCUGGUUUUCGGGCUCUCGCUGGUUUACUUCCUUAGCAGCACCUUCAAGCAGGAAGAGAGGGCCGUGAGAGACCGGAACCUCCUCCAGGUUCAAGACCGGGAGCAGCCCAUCCCGUGGAAGGUGCAGUUUAACCUAGGCAACAGCAGCCGACCCAGCAACCAGUGCCGCAACUCCGUUCAAGGGAAACACCUCAUUACUGACGAGCUGGGCUAUGUCUGCGAGAGGAAAGACCUGCUGGCAAACGGCUGUUGCGAUGUCAGUGUCCCCAGCACAAAGCAGCACUGCUGUGAUGGGUGCCUGGCCAACGGCUGCUGUGAAGCCUACGAGUACUGCGUCUCCUGCUGUCUGCAGCCCAGCAAGCAACUUCUCCUGGAACGCUUCCUCAACCGGGCGGCUGUGGCCUUCCAGAACCUCUUCAUGGCAGUCGAGGACCACUUCGAACUCUGCUUGGCCAAAUGCAGGACCUCCUCCCAGAGCGUGCAACAUGAGAACACGUACCGCGACCCCAUAGCCAAGUACUGCUACGGAGAGAGCCCACCUGAACUCUUCCCUGCGUGAGGCCUGAUGGAGGUACACGCCCAGAACCAGUCUGGUCCCCUGAAGUAAUGAAGGAGAAAGCCACACAAGGAUGCUCGACCUUGACCAUGUCUUGUGGCUUCGGGUGUCUCCGGCUCCCUCACCGACAGCUGGAGCAGAUGGGCGGAGCCAUUCUAUAGAGCAGGCUGGACGAGGUCCUGGCACCUUGCAGGGCCCUGGGACUGCUGGUCAGAGGCCAGGCGCCUGUUUUAACCUUACGUUGUAGUCAUUUAUUGACUUUUCAGAGUGGUGGAAGGUGCGGUUUUCUGUGCAGGUCACCUUUGCCUGUCCAGAUGAAUACAUUGGAGGAGGUGACGGUUGCUCUCGCUUCCCGAGCAUCACAAGUGACCACAUGCUCCGUGAAAGUUUGU